AUGAAAUCAUCACUUAAUGACUCUAGUUACGGACUCAAAUCAGAGUACUCCUACAGCUCAACCUCAUCAUUAUCGGAAACAAGUUGCCAUGAAGAAAUCUUGUUAGCGUCGGAGCAACCAAAGAGGCGUGCCGGGAGACGAAAAUUCAAGGAGACAAGACAUCCAGUAUACAGAGGAGUACGAAGGAGGAAGAACAACAAGUGGGUUUGCGAGGUGCGUGUUCCAAACGACAAGUCCAGGAGGAUCUGGUUGGGAACAUAUCCAACGCCUGAGAUGGCGGCACGUGCACACGAUGUUGCUGCGCUGGCACUUCGUGGCAAAUCAGCUUGUCUCAACUUUGCUGACUCGGUUUGGAGAUUGCCAAUACCUGUGUCGACUAACGUGACGGAGAUUAGGAAAAUGGCGGCGGAGGCUGCUUUUGCAUUUGCGGUUGAGAGCAGUAAUGAACAACUUAUGAUAACUAGUGUUUCCAUAUUUGAGGAGCAGGAGGUGUUGCAUGAUUGGUUCCGGAGUAUGGCAGAUGAGCCUUUACGAUCUCCGACGAGUCCAUUUAUGAUAUGUGGUAGGGAUCACUGGAAUAAUUUUGAUCAAGUUGAAUUUGAGAUGUCUUUGUGGAGUUUUACCAUCUAA